AUGUCUCAAUUGUCUCUGUUUGACCCAAUAGGUAAUUGGGGCGCCGUCAAUUUCAAUGUAGAAUUCACCAAAAAACUCUAUGAAGAAGAUGCUGAUGCCAAAGCUCGAGAGAGGUUCAAUGCAGCCAAAAAGCUCAAACAAGAUAGUCUCAAACGGUACCUUCAAAGAGCUUCGGUAAUCGAUCCAGCAGAAGAAUUCAGGAAGAUGGAGUUCGAGCUGUUGAAAAAUCCCAAAACCUAUCUGCCUCUGGAAAGUAUGGAGAGCCUCUACAACCAUGAAGCAGUAAGGAAAGAAAGUUCAGAGAGAGUUAUGCAUUUGAUGGGUUUCAAUGUUAAUGAAACAGAGAGCGUUUAUUCCAUAGAUCCCAUUUACGACUGUCUCGUUGAAGACCCCAACCUUCUGACAUGGUUGAAGUUUGCCAAACUGGGCAUUAUAGAGGAUGAUGAAAAUGACAUCAACAUCGACUGGAUUGAAGAUGAUACUGGCAGUAAUAUUGAGGUUCUGUCAUUCGAAAGUCUGUGGGAUGAUUGGUCCAGUUCAUGGGGUUCUGGCUGGGCUCUGGAGUGUAGCACUGUGUCAGAUUAUGCCUGGGAUAACUGGGACGACUGGUGUGAGGUGAAGGUCAGAGUUGAUGCCUUUUUUGAAAGGAGAAUGAAAAAGGCAGAAAAGAGAAGGUUCAAUCGUGAACGGUUUUAUCUAGACUGGUUAUUUGGCGAAAGGAAGAGUCGAGGCAGAUCAGAGAAGGAUUCGAGUUCCUCGGAUGGUGAUAGUCUGGUUGGCUUUGGAGCACACAGGCCAAAGUCUCAGAGGGUAAAGGAGGCCUUCUACGCUCCGCUCAAGUGGUUACAGCCAAAGCUAGAGAAGUUGAAAGCCAAGUCUCUGAGAUCGUCGCUUUUUCAGAGAAGUGCUGGAAAGUCACCUUCUGAAGGAUUGAAAGCAGGUAGUCUGAAAGCAGUCUAUGGCUGGUUUACCUCUGACGAGCUGUCUUCUGAACUGGGUGGAUUGGAUUCUGGAGAGCAGACCGACGACCAGGGCAAGAUUGACCAUGCUUUGAAGCACGUCACUACAAGAUGUCUCCAAAAAGGCCACUUCCAUUACUCCGUGGACGAAAUGAAGGCAUGGAGGGAAAACGCUACUCAGUACAUUCAGCAGCCAACGGAACAGAAUAAGGAGAAUCAGACCUACCAUCCUUUGGGCGUCAAUGCCACAGAUUUCCACCUUUACAUGCGUUCUUUUGACGAAAUCAACCAUCACGUCUUCAAGUCCCAGUGGCUCGGCUGGGGGCUUUUAUGGUACUGGGUUGCAGUGAUAGGCAUCUUCUCGGUGCUUCAUCUUCUGAAAACCUACCUUGGCGUAAGAGCGCCUAGAACGAUUUCCCAAAUUUGUUCAAAAUACCUUACCCCGGUUCGUCUUUGGGGAUACACUUUUGGCGAUAUGCUCGUGAUGGGACUCUUUUUGGUCUUCACCGUUUUGGCUACAGCGCUUUCCUACGACGUCCAGCUUCCCAACGUCUACAUCAACGAUGUGUACUUCUUGACGUUGGACUUGAUUGGCUACCGCUCGGCCUUGAUCUCGUUUUCCCUUCUUCCUGUGGUGUUCAUCUUUGGCCUCAGAAACAACCCAUUCACGCUUUUGACCGGAUUCUCCAGAGCUGAGUUCAUCAAAUACCACACCUACGUCGCCGUUAUCAUGUCUAUCGAGGCUCUUAUCCACUCCGCGGUGUGGACAGACUACGCCAUCAACGACGCAGGCUACCUGGCCUGGGGUAUGGAUGACUACUGGAGAUGGGGUGUAGUGGGAACCAUCCUUUUGUUUCUCAUGAUUGGCCAGAGCUUCCAGCCUGUUAGAAACUUCAUGUACGAGACUUUUUUGAUCAUUCACAAGGUCUUUGGGUGGCUCUUUAUUGUGUCGAUGUGGUACCACUGUAUUACUCUUGGCUGGAUGGGCUGGAUCUACACCAUGAUUGCGCUUACAGUGUACGACAGAGUCAUGAGAUGGAGCAAGAUGUUUAUUUUAAACCGUGGUCUUACUGAGCUUUGCAUCAACGUGAUUGACGAUAAGACUCUUGAGUUGAUUUUGCCCAAACCACUUGCAUACGAUAUGGCCUAUCGUCCUGGCAACACCGUCUAUGUUACCUUCUUCCAUACCAAAAUCUGGGGUCAGUGCUUGCAGUCCCAUCCAUUUUCCAUUCUUUCGUCGCCUGCUUCGUCGCCUGGUGUAUUGAAGAUGUACGUCAGAGUCAAGAAAGGAGCCACCAAGAGUCUUCUUAAAUUGCCCACCGACGAAAAGGGCAGAAUGUGGCUCUGGUGUCUUUUGGACGGUCCCUACGGUGGAAAGACAAUGAAGCAUAAGGAGAACGACGCCAGGGUAUUCAUUGCCGGUGGUCUCGGAGUGUGCAGUUUGUUUCCAUUCAUUUACGACAAUGCUGCCGGUACCAAGCUUCUUUGGACCGUCAACAGCAUCAACGAAUUUCUCUGGAUGCGUCGGGAUAUCAAGUAUAUUCGUGAAAGGGGCGCCCAGGUGACGGUGUUUGUUCGUGAAACCGAAGGUGUGAAGCUAGAUGACGAGAAGUUGGAGUUUGUCAAGGUUGUGGAUAGCCGACCUGACGUGAACCAAUGGGUGAGCGAAUGCGUCGAGGAGGCCAAAUCAGAGUCCAAGUCUGACUUGUACGUUUAUUCUUGCGGUCCAGGUGUGAUGGACGACCAGAUCAGAAACAGCUGCAUGGACCACAUUGAGGUGGGUCUGCCAUUUAAUGUUCACUACCAGUCCAUGAACUUCCAGUGGUGA